AUGCACGCUGCCAUCAGGCGAUAUGCCACCGUCUCUCCCGACAAGGCAGUCAGAUUUGGAAGCAAAACGCUGACGCUCGAGCACUUCCUCCAGCGGCAAAAGGUCAUGAAUCUAUGGCGAGAAUGCGUACGCACGAUCAACAAGAUCCCUCCGUCCAUGUCUACAAGAAAGGAAAUGCGAGACUAUGCUCGGUAUGAGUUUGAACGUUACCGAGAUAUCGAGGAUCUGGGACAUAUACGAUACUUGGUGUCAACUGGCAAAACACAACUGGACUCUAUGAGUAGAUAUGUCGAGCAGAAUGCCAUGAAAUGA